UCAUUUAGACUCAGGCUGCAGACUGAACUGAUUUUUUAUGCAGCAUGCACUUUUCUAACUAGCCAUGCAGAAUGUGGCAGUCAGUAUUAAAGGUGUAAGAUGGAAACCGUAAUUGAGAUUCAAAAUAGCCCCUGGCAUUUCAAGUACACAGAGGCUUUUACCACAGGCCCAAUAAAUAGUGGCUGUCUAUGGCGCCUUCUGACAUUUGCCAGAAUCUACAGAUUGCCAAUUUUGGGCUGCUAAACCUCAUCUAUUUCUGAUUACUAUUGUCGGUGAUUUUCAGAAUUUUAUUUAGUCUCAAUACUCUUGUUAGUUAAAAAAUAUACAAAAAAAAAAAACUGUUUCUGGAAUGCUGAAGUCUCUCCAGCCAAGUAUAAUCAGUUUUGGAUGUCUCAGUUUUGUGAAGAAAACGUGAUUGCGGGCUGCAGAGACUUCAGCACAUCAUGCACAGCUGCUUUUCAAUAGGAUAUCUUUUUAAGUAGAGUAUUUCUCCAUUUGAUUUAAGUCUGUGCACAAAACAAUAAGAACAUUGUAGAAAUCUGUGAGCUAAACUUUUUCCUUGAGGUCCGAAACUGAGCACCCAGGCCCUAGCCGACAUGGAUUAUUUCUCGGGCUAAAAUGAGUGACCUGGCACAACCAUGGACUCUUAAAUGAUUAACCUGUGGGCAGGGACAUAAUGAAAUAAAGUUGGUUUCCUCAGCAAUUUGACUUUUAUCCUGUGCAGUUAAAGGUUAAUUUAAACAAACUAGGAUCCAAAAUCAAGUGGCGCUAUAGUGAUCAGAAAAAGUAACGGAAUAAAAGAUUUGUUUUCGAGUUUGCUGUUGGACGAAGGUAAAUGCUUCUGAGUAAAAAAAGGAAUUAAAGUACAGAAGACACUACAGAAAGGCCAUAAUGAUUAAAAAGGUGGCUAUUAUUGGAGCUGGGUGCAGUGGACUAACAGCCAUCAAAUGUUGUUUAGACGAGGGCCUGGAGCCUGUAUGCUUUGAAAAGAGCAGUGACAUUGGAGGACUCUGGAGGUUCACCGAAUCAGUGGAUGAGUGUAGACCCAGUCUAUAUAAGUCUGUAGUCACCAAUACAUCCAAGGAGAUGAUGUGCUAUACAGACUUCCCCAUGCCUGACGACUUUCCAGCAUAUCUACAUAACUCCAAGGUGUUGGAAUACCUAAGGCUCUAUGCAAAACGCUUCAACCUUUUGAAGUAUAUUCAGUAUCAGACUGAAGUUUGCAGUGUGACAAAAUGUUCAGAUUUCCCCUCAACAGGUCGAUGGGAUAUUGUUACCCUGACUAAUGGAGCGCAAAAAAAUUAUAUUUUUGAUGCCCUUCUGAUCUGUAAUGGUCACCAUUCCAAGCAUUAUUUACCUCUAGACUCCUUCCCAGGUAUUGAAAAGUUUAAAGGCCAUUAUAUCCACAGCCGUUUCUAUAAGGAUUCUACAUACUAUCAAGGAAAGACCGUUUUAGUGGUGGGAAUUGGCAAUUCAGCUGGGGAUAUUGCUGUGGAGAUCAGCACCACAGCUAAACAGGUUUACGUCAGUACUAGGAGAGGUUCAUGGGUACUCAGUCGCAUUUCCAAGGGUGGACUUCCCAUUGAUAUGAUGCUCUCCACCCGAUUUUUCACUUGGAUCAGGAACUCACUACCAUCUACUUUUGCUGCCAGACUAAAUGAAAACAUGAUGAACACUUGGUUUGACCAUGCAAACUAUGGCUUGGAACCUUUAGACCGAGCACAGUUAAAAGAGCCUAUGGUAAACGAUUUCCUUCCCAGCUGUAUCUUAUGCGGAACUGUUAAAAUAAAACCCCAAAUUAAGGCAUUCACUGAAUCCUCAGUCAUAUUUGAAGAUGAUACAGUGGUUGAAAACAUGGAUGAAGUUAUUUUUGCUACGGGGUAUACACCCUCCUUCCCAUUUCUUAAGGACCCCAAGAUCAUAGAUGACAUAAAUGGCUUUCUAUAUAAACAAGUCUUCCCUACUCAUAUAGAAAAACCAACUCUAGCCUUUUUGGGAUUUGUACAUCCCCUGGGAGCCAUCUUGCCUGUCGCUGAACUUCAAGCUCGCUGGGCCACUAGAAUAUUUAAAGGUAUAGCACAUUUACCAACAGUAGCCAGAAUGGAAGAUUACAUUAAGAAGAGUAUGGAGUUCAAAACAAAGUGGUUUGCUGCAACCAGGAAUCAGAAACUACAGUCAUACUUUAUAGACUAUAUGGAUGAAGUUGCUGUGGAGAUUGAUGUCCGUCCCAACAUCAUGCAACUUCUACUUAAGGACCCUCUCCUUGCAUGGACAGUCUGCUUUGGUCCUUCUACACCAUAUCAGUAUCGCUUAAAUGGGCCUGGAAUGUGGUCUGGUGCCAAGAAAGCCAUUUCAUCCCAAUGGGAGCGAACAGUGAACCCAACCAGGACUCGUCUAGUUAACAAGUCUCCAGAAUCUGGGCUAAACCUAAAAACUCUGUUAAGCCUUUGUGUUUUGCUAGUUGCCAUUUUAUUCGGUAUGUACUGCAUAAAUGGAAUAUCUUGGUCAUGAGCAUAACUGAUGUUUAUAUUGCAUUGAGUAGUAUGGAUAGAUGUCGUUAACUAAUGAUUUCUUUCCAUAUUCUUGGUAAUGAGAUAGAUAGAAUAGAAGAAAAAAAUGUGAUACUUUCGUUCUUUUAGGUUUAUUUAGCUGUCAUUUCAUAGUCCAAAAUAUAACAGAGUAUGAUUCUAUCUGUUGCUAGCAAAGAGGAAAUUUUUUUAAUAUAAACUGGGGUGCAAUAUGAAUGUGAUCACCUAGGAUUUGCAACUAAGGCUAAAGCCACUAUUAAUCCUAGCCUAUAAGGUAGCCCCAUUUACUGCUUUAAAUCAAAGACAUUAAAAUAUGUUUUGUUUCA